AUGAGCAUCAUUCCAUCAUCGUUUAAACGCAAACAACAUUCGAAACGUAUAUCACUCCCAACCUAUCUAUGCCUAAGGACAAAUUCAAAAAUCCAGUACCAAGUGACCAGUGAGAUUCCAGCUGUUCGAAAUGUGAAACUGAAUAAACAAACGAUGAUUGUUCGUCGUCAAGAUUCGAAUUCUAACCAGUCUCUUUCGCUACAAACGGAAUCAGCAAGCAAAUUUGAAGAAAUACAAAACAACUCACAACAAGCAGUAAAUCUUGUUCUUGUUUGUGGUCAAAAUGUAUGUGGCCAACUCGGUCUAUCUACCAAUAUUAUCGAACGACGUAAACCACAGCAUUUGAAAAUUGCCAGUGAAUCAAAGUCUGACGAACAAAUUCAGUACAUAUGUGCAGGUGCUAUGCAUUCGUGUGUUCUGACUCGUUCGGGUCAUGUUUACACAUGGGGUUGUAACGAUGACGGAGCCUUAGGUCGAAUAACGAAUGAUAUCGAUGAUGAAUACGCACCUGCAUUAUGUGUGAUGCCUGAACAGAUAGAAAGUCUUCAUGCCGGUGAUUCAUUUACCGUUGCUAUCAGUAAAUCUCGUCGUGCGUAUAUUAGUGGUUGUUUUCGAAGUAGCGAAGGCAUUCUCGGCUUGUUUGAAUAUAAACAAAUAGCUGAACAACCUGUUGUUGUACCGGUCAAUCAGCCAAUUACACAAGUGGCAUGUGGUGCUGAUUUUUGCUUGUUGUUAACAGAAACUGGCGAUCUUUACUCUUUUGGAAAUAAUGAAACUGGUCAAUUGGGUCGUCACAGCGAUUCAAGUCUUCGCUCGAUUUAUGCUACAUGGCUACAACCUUUACCAAUCUCUUAUUUCCAAGGUCAUCAUAUACUAAAAAUAUGGGCAGGUGGCCAUGGUUUCUUUGUGCUAACACAAGCGUCGACUCGUCGAUUGUUCUCUUGCGGUGCCAAUAGUUUUAGUCAAUUAGGUCAUUCAGUUAAACAACCCAUACAUUGCCCACUCGAAGUCACAGAUUUUCUUUCAACAGACAAAAUCGUCAAAAUAGCUUGCGGCCUUCAACAUACACUCAUACUUGAUUGCAUGGGAAAUGUGUAUGGUCUUGGAAGAAGCGACGAUGGUCGUUUAGGUAGUGACCAAACUCAUGACGUGACUAGUCCGAAACAAAUAGAUCAACUGACCAAUAUUGUUGAUAUUGCUGCCGGUGGCAGUGUUUCGUAUGCAAUUAACAAUUGCGGACAAAUCUAUUCGUUCGGUAUGGGAAACACAUGUCAGACAGGACAUGGAAAUGCUGAUAUUUUCAUUCCUACUCAAGUCAAUGGUAAACAAUUAGAAAACCGGUUGAUUCAACAAAUAUCCGUUGGAGCUCAACAUACUCUUUUCCUAGUUAAAGAAAAGCAACUGUCGAGAUCAAAUAUAUGA